AUGUUGAAACAGAGCUGGACAAAGAGAAGUCGACUAUCUUCUAGCUCAGGUGGAGUCGUUUUUGGGCCUAGUCGGCUCGUGAGGCUCCAGACUACGGUGUUGGCAAAAGCGAAGCUAGCCCAAGAACCUCUAUACACUCCUCAAGAUCCGUUGACUAUUCCCUCACAGAGUCAUGUGAUAGACGCCAAAAUCCAGAGACUGAAACAGAAAUUGCAGGAGCAAGAACAAGAGCGGGCCGGCGUUGACGAGAAUAAACUGAGCAUCUGGGAUGUGAUAACCCCGUUCUUCAAUCUCAUACUGGUGGGGUCAACGAUGUAUAUAGGACUGCAAUAUUGCUGGUUGUUGCUGGAGAGAGAAGAAUUGAUAGAGGCCCAUGGGGUUGAGGUUCGUGCAUUGGAAAGUGAGAUCCAGGCCCUGCUGGAUGCGAGGAAAAGUGGGGCUGUUGAGGCUGAAAAGAGAUGGUUUUUUUGGAGGUAA